AUGGAAGGAGAGAGGCAGAAUAGAGUCUACCGGUUUGUUGUAUGUAUCUGCGGGGGCAGCAGCAGCACUGCUGGUGGAUGCCGAGGAGAGAAAGGAAAGCAUGGUCUGCUCCGCAAGUUGGCAGACCCAGUGGACAAGAGAACCGGCCGGAACAUGAAGAAGCGGACCUGGCAGGGAAGGGAGACAGAUAAAAAAGUUAGAAAGAUGGAAAUUUCCAGAUCACUCUCGUCUGAAGAUUUUAUGGAAGAGGGAUAA